CAUCAUUCUUGUAAACAUUGAAGAUUUUAGGUGUAAAGUGACUAAACUCUAGUUAAUUUGUUACAAUUCCGGUGUAGGGUACAGUAGAACGUCCCCUGGGUAGGCUAUUUUGUAGCGGAAAUGGCUAUCUUCGAGUGGCGAAAAUUUAACUUUUUCGACCUCCGGAAAGGCGUUGAUAAGGACCGGCUGGCGGAAACGUUGCAGGGAGCUCGAAUUACAGCCACCGCCACUGGAAAUAAUCUUAUCGUGAUAUGCGACUCCGAGGGGAUGAUUCAUACUUUUAGCCGGUCUUGGGAACCGAUAAGCUUCAAGGGUCACGAAGGUUCUAUCUUGCUGGCGGACAUUUCCAAACAAAACAACCUGCUGGUCACGGUUGGAGAGGACAUUAAUGGCCCAUCGUUCAAAGUUUGGAACCUGGCUAAAGUCUCGGCCAUUGCUGGGGCACAGUGUUUGCGGACGGUGCGCACCAUGGUUUCGGUUCCGAGUGCCCUGGCCGUGUCCGAGGGUGGUCAGUUCAUGGCCAUCGGGUUUGCGCAGGGCAACAUUUCGCUGUACCGAGGCGACAUCAGCCGUGACCGUUCGAAAACGCUGAAACAACUGACGGCUGGUUCGACAUCGAUCAGCGGAAUAGCCUUUAAACACUCCCAUAAGGUAACACAGAUGUUCGUAUGUUCCGAUUCCGGCGUGUAUUUGUACAAUCUCCAAAGUCGGGACAAAGAGAUCCGCAUCAAUCUGGACACGGUCCGGUCUCCGGUGGGUUGUUGUGCUCUGCAAACCGGACACAAUGAGGGACACUUCAUGGUGGGUCGGGACGAUGCCGUUUACUGUUACACUUCCGAUGGGCGUGGUCCGUGCUACGCAUUGGAAGGUAAAAAGACGCUAUUGCAGUGGUUCCGAUCGCAUCUGUUGAUCGUUUCGAAAAAUACUCGUGCCGGGGCUGGAAACGGUUUUGUGUUGACCGUGAUCGACAUUCAGAACAAAUUCAUCGUUUUCACUUGCCCGAUUGAGGAAGUCGUGGCAAUUCUGACAGAAUUCGGUUCAUGCUACAUAUUGACUGAAAGCAAGCAAAUAUUUCAUCUGGAUGAAAAAGAUUUGCAGAGCAAAUUAAAUCUGUUGUUCAAAAAGAACUUGUACGAUAUUGCGGUUCGGAUUGCGAAGAGCAAUCAGUAUGACGCGGACGGGUUGGCCGGGAUAUUCAAGCAGUACGGUGAUCAUCUGUACAGUAAGGGAGAUUUUUCAGGUUCUGUAGAUCAGUACAUAAAGACUAUUGGUUUUCUGGAACCAUCUUAUGUCAUAAGACGAUUCCUGGAUGCGCGCCAUAUUCACUAUUUGACGGAUUACCUUCAAGCGAUUCAUAAAUCUGGGAGAGCUUCCGCAGAUCACACUACAUUGCUUUUGAACUGUUUCACUCGAUUAGAUCGUACCGAGCAACUCAAACAAUUUCUAGAAAAUGAGAACAAAUUAAACCUUUUCGACGUAGAUGUAGCAAUUAAGGUCUGUAGAAAUGCGUCAGUUGAACAAGCACUAGCAUUAGCCAAAGUUCACAGAAAACACGAUCUUUGCCUCAGUAUCCUCACAGAAGAUUUGUCCCGAUACGACGAAGCACUGGUUUAUAUCCAGCAGCUGCCUUUCACGGAAGCCGAAAGAAAUGUCAAGAAAUAUGGCCACCUCCUCAUGGAGCAUUGUCCAAACCAAACAAUAGUACUGUUGAAAAAGCUUUGCACCGAAUAUAUCCGGACAGAUCUUGGAACGAGUGCCGUCAACGAUCACUUUGGCGACGAUGUCCCAACUCUGUUUGAAAAUGGAAUAAACGCCGAACGUGGCAACCCAGAAGAUUUCAUUCAUCUGUUCAAGGACGAUGAACUGCUAAUCGAUUUCUUGGAACAUCUAAUCUGCUAUUUGCCGUCCUGCAGUCAAUUUGUUUAUAAUUCCCUGGUGGAACAUUAUUUAUACCGCUGGCAUUCCUCGGGCUUCGAACAAAAGCUGUUGGAUUUGCUGAAAUCCAGUCCUGAUCGGUACGACAAAAAUCAUGUUCUGAUUCAGUGUCGACUAUACCAAUUUUGGCCCGGAGUAAUGUAUUUGUACGAAGAAGACAAACUGUACCAUUUGAUUGUGCGACACUAUCUGCGAAAUAGAGAUUAUGAAAAUUUGCUCGCGUGCUGCAGAAAGUUGGGACAAACGGAUGCCUCUCUUUGGCUGCUGGCUUUGAAUGGUUUAAAAAAUGAUGAAGGGGCGCCGCCCAAACUUCUAUCGCAAGUGCUACAGGUUAUAGCCCAAGAAAAACUUCAGGCCCCUCUGCAGAUCCUAAACUGCCUGGCGGUCAACAGCGGCCCCACGCUACUUCCGGUGCGCGAUUAUUUCAUGCAGGUGUUCCACAAAGAGCAAGAAUCAACACGCCAUGACGAAGAGCUCACACGAAAGUACAGCGAGGAAACGGUUUCGAUCAAACGACACAUCAAACAACUACAGGAGGGAAACGUAGAGUUUAGGAAUACGGUGUGUGACACCUGUAAACAACCUUUGUCCUGGCCGGCGCUGUUUUUCCUCUGCAAACAUUCCUACCAUCAAGACUGUAUCCGUGGUUAUUCAGAAACAGAACGGGAUUGUCCGGUGUGUGCUAAGAAAAACAUCCAAUGGAUGGAUGCUCUGAGGGCCCAGAGUGAAUCACGCGGUCAGCAUGAAGCUUUCCACAAUUUGUUGGACCGUUCGCCGGAACCGUUCUCGGUUGUGGCUGAGUAUUUCGGAAGGGGUCUUUUCAAUAAACUGGUUAUUGUUGAAGAGGAUACUAAUCAUUUAGAGACCUCAACCGUUCAACCGGACAGCGCAAUGCACCAGCUGUCGAAACAAACCGAAAAUAUGCGCAUCACCAAACCGAUACCAACCGCUAGCAACAAUUCCUCUAACGCUUACGGUCCCGGUGCCGAAGCUAGGAUUCGACAAGAAGAGAGUCGGCAUCUACAGGUGCGUCUCGAAGCACAGGAAAGUGAAAUGCGCUUAAGGCUGCUGGAACAGGAAAGAAUCAGGCAACGACAGCAGGCCACUCUAAUGGCCCAGCAGCAGUUCCGUCCGAGGGGAGAAGAUCGUAGUUCGAAGCUAUCACCCUAUGGCAGUCCGAAACCCGCAUCAACGCUGUCUAACUAUAGCGCAAUGCCUAAGCAACCAUCCCCAAUUCCAAGCAAGAAUCCCCCGGCUGCAACAAGGAAUCCUUUCGAUGAGGAUGAAGGCAACGAUUACGACAAGUCCAAGGAUCCGUUUGCAGAUGAUGCAACUCCGAAGAAAACUGCACCCGAUGCUGGCAAUCCUUUCGGUGAAGAUUACGAUAGUGCGUUGGAUCCGUUUGCGGAAUAGUUUUUUUUUAAGAAUAAAAGUUCUAAAUCGAAAGAAUAUAAUAAUCGAAUAGUCUACGCCGGACUAGUGCAUGCAUAUUUCGUUAUAAUUUCGAUAUUGUAUUUAUUCCAAUUAAGCAAAAUAUUAUAAUCUGCACCAUUCUUGCACUGGAAUGUUUGACAACUGAGGCAUGUGCGUGUUUCAUCGCUAUCAAGUUCAUGAAAGCAAGAACAAUA